UUCAAAGAGAAUGGCUGAAGGUGGAACCGGAAAAUUCUGGGAGGAAGAUGUGUCAUUAACCGACAUGACCUUUUUCGAACAUCUUUACAACACUCACAAAUGCAAAUUCAAAUGGAACUAUGAUAAAUCAUCAAGAACAUUGACCGUUGAUCCAAAGAGCGACGAAGUAUCCGAGACAGAAAAUGUGUUCAGCGAGUUCGAAUACAGGCGAUCUUGUCGAUCAGUGAGACUCGUAUGCAAAGCUCCCUCAGCACUUCUCAACAAAAUAAAACAACAGUACCAAGACGUUCAAAUAUUUCGAACGAACGAUGAAAUAGACGCAAGUCAUGACAAGUUUAAGAUCUAUAGCGCAAAUUACUCGGACAUUUUAGCAGUUGAAAGACGUCUGGCAAAGGAAGUCACUGGUACACGACCAAAAGGAAGAAUUCGGAAUCCUCUGGCUAAAAGUCAAGACUCACUUAUUAAUAAAGAAUCACGAACUGAAGUAGAACAUUUCUUCCCGAUCUCAAAAAGUAUCAGAGAGGUACACGUUGUUUGUAAUGAUAUCCUGGAAACUAGCUCUGAUUGUAUUGUGAAUCCAUGUGUCAAGAGAAAAUCCAGUAGUAUCGAAGGCAGAGGAGAAUUGUUUCAAUAUCUUAAAUCAAAAGGCGGACAGAAAUACGAAGAUUAUUUAAUGGACGCCAAAAUUGAUUUCGAGACACAAUGCGCAAUUACAGACGGCGGCGAUAUAAAAGCAAAGAUUAUACAUCCAACAAGACCUGUUCACAAUGACAAAGAUAAAGAGGAAAACAUUUUUAUGAGCAUUUUAGGUGCAUUACAAAUUGCAGAAAAGGAUAGGAUGAACGCAAUUUCUUUUCCAUUCGCAUAUUCAGGUACAGCAGGAGUCGACCUGAAGUUUUGUGCAUUUCAGUAUGCAAGGGCUGUUACUGAAUUCUGCCGGAAAUCACAGAAUCCCCUGGCCUUGGUUGACAUCUAUUUUGUUGAGAAUAACAGAGAAAAAGUCACUCAUCUCGUAGAAUUCUUUAAAGAGCUUCUCCCACAGAGAAUGACAGAAAGGAUGAUCAUCCCGAAACCAUAUGAUGAGAUUGCAUGAAAGCCAGCUCGAGGAAAUUAUAGCAACAUUGCUAGUAAUGAAGAAGCCGAUGAUGAUGAUUAUGACCAUGCCACUGUAUAUGCAACAGGUUCACGGGCGGCUACAUUUCAAACACGCGAAGAACUGGUUGGCGAUUUUUUCCAGACACUGGCUUCUUUUUCAUCUCCUAAAAUCCAAUAUGUCGAUAUGUCACAAAUCGAAGACCAUUAUGACUCCAUCAUCGACACAAAACCUGAUAAUGAUUGUGUUGCUGGCAAAACGCCUAGGGAAUGUGUGACUGAAGGAGGCUACCAGAAACAAGAAGACACAGACAAUGAUGAUGCUCGUGGUAGAGAUACAGGUGAUGAGGACUACGUCAGUUAUUGUGUAAAUGACUCCAACGUUUACAUGACUGUAGAAGUAGACACUUCGAAGGAGUCUCACAAAGACGACACUGACUUGUACGAGGAAUACAAGACAAACGACAGUUCAGCCCCCAUUUAUGAAAUUGUUGACGAAGGAGCGAUGCCCAUCGUUGAAGAAAGUGGUGAAUUAAGUAAGACAAUAAAACGCAAGCUCUCAUUUGAUUGUACCAAAAAUACCAAGAUAAAGGUUCUUACAGAUGAUAUACGGGUAACAGCUGCCCAUAUCAUUGUUUGUCCGGAGUAUAAAGGCAAACCGCAUGGCGGUGUAUUCGGUCUGUCAGUGAAAUUUACUUACUGGAAAGCCGUCAAAAUCAAAUCGUUAAGAAAGGUCAAUGCCGAAGGCCGUGUGGCUCGAUCAAUUUGUCACAAGUACAAAGAGUACCAACCUGUAAAAUUCUUGUACCAUGUAAAUACACCAAUUUGGAGGGAUAUUUCAGACAACACAGACCUACAAAAGAGCGUCGAAGGCAUAUUCUUAAAGUUGAACCGACUUCAAAGCAAGGAAAGGUCUAUUGCAAUACCGCUCUUGGGAAUUGUUGAUGUACAAGAUCAAGACGUUGUUCGCGAAUGUUGUCGAGUGUUUGUGCGAAGCGUGAUAAAGUGUUGCCGGGAAAGGAACAACCGUUUGCCGCUCGAUGUUUACCUGGUCAACAACUGUCCUAUAUUGACAUCUUGGAUCUCAGAAGACCUUGCAGCAUUCAGUGAAUGAAGUCAAAGUGCAACUUAUUGUAGCUAUAAAUAACUUAAAUAUAUAAUAUCAUUUUUGAUCCAUCCAACAUACACGUGAAUGAUCUUCAUCUUGCAUAUUAUAUCUUUAAAUUUUAGAAACAAAUGGAAGUUGCAAAGGCUUUGUUAUACAUUUCAACUAAAAGCGCAUGCAUAGUUUUUAACUGACGUCAAAGUCAUGACAAACAGUUAGUUUGAAGUCAGCGACAAAUUGAUCCCGAAGAAAGUCGCCGUUUUAAGGGCUCAAAAUAAUCGUUUUGUUAUACAUGUUGUUAAAGAGUAUUCUCAUUUUGAGUUCGGAAUUCUUAAACAACAAACUUUUAAUCUCUUAUAGUUAUCCAUUAAAAUAUUGUUCUGAAAUAGCGCAUUGUUGCAAGUGGAUUGUUUGACCCUCGGUGGGUUAGACGAAAAUUUCCAGGCCGGAUUAAAGAACAAACGCAAUUCUGCUUUACAAGAAAUACUACCCAUACAUAUUGCAAAAUAUACUGAUAUACAUCAACCCCUUGAUGACCCCUUAGUUGUUGUUGUGAUGCAAUCAAAUAUACCAGAAUCUGAACAUCUUGAAAGAAAAUUGAGAUCAGUAGUUAAAACAUGAUUUUAAGUUCAUUGAUAUAAUAAUAUAAAAAAAAAAUGCGUCGGCAGCAUACGUCGGCAAGUGUUCUGUAAAGGCAUUGACAACACAACGUUAGAUAUAUACUUUCUUGGGUUUUAUAUAAAACCUAAAUUAUAAUUGUGACUGUAUAAAGAUAACGCUUUCUGUCUGAAAUACCUACGUUUUUCUUGUUUCGUAUGCUUAAUAUGUUUAUAUAUCUCUUUCAUUUUAUUCCUUUUCUCAUACUUAACGUUUGUAAAUUCUCAAGUGUACAUGUUGUUUCAAU